UAAAAACUGCUGGGAAAAUUGGCAAACAUAAUGAAAGAAAUAAGUCUUCUUCCAGAUAAUCUUCUAAGAACACCUUCAGUUCAACUGGUACAGAGCUGGUAUAUUCAGAGUCUACAAGAACUCCUUUAUUUUAAAAAUAAAAGUGCUGAAGAUGUAAAAGCUGUUUAUGACUUUACAGAUACUGUGAUAAGAAUCCAAAAUCGACAUAAUGAUGUCAUUCCUACCAUGGCUCAGGGUGUAAUUGAAUACAAGGAAAGCUUUGGUGUGGAUCCAGUGACCAGUCAGAAUGUACAGUAUUUUUUGGAUCGUUUUUACAUGAGUCGCAUUUCAAUCAGAAUGCUACUUAAUCAGCACUCCUUACUAUUUGGUGGAAAAGGAAAAGGAAGUUCAACUCACCGAAAACACAUUGGAAGCAUUAAUCCAAAUUGUAAUGUUGUCGAAGUUAUUAAAGAUGGCUAUGAAAAUGCAAAGCGUCUUUGUGAUUUGUAUUAUGUUAAUUCUCCAGAACUAGAACUUGAAGAAUUAAAUGCAAAAUCACCAGGACAACCAAUGCAAGUGGUUUAUGUACCAUCACAUCUCUAUCACAUGGUGUUUGAACUCUUCAAGAAUGCAAUGAGAGCAACUAUGGAACACCAUGCUGACAAAGGUGUUUACCCUCCUAUUCAGGUUCAUGUAACACUGGGUAAUGAGGACUUGACUGUGAAGAUGAGUGAUCGUGGAGGUGGUGUUCCUUUGAGGAAAAUUGAUAGACUUUUCAACUACAUGUAUUCAACUGCACCCCGACCUCGUGUUGAGACAUCUCGAGCUGUGCCCCUGGCUGGUUUUGGUUAUGGAUUGCCAAUAUCUCAGCUCUAUGCACAGUACAGGAAUACACAGCAAGUGUAUUCCUUAUAAGGUUAUGGGACAGAUGCUGUUAUUUACAUUAAGGCCCUAUCAACAGAAUCAGUGGAGAGGCUCCCAGUGUACAAUAAAGCUGCUUGGAAACAUUAUAAUACCAAUCAUGAGGCAGAUGACUGGUGUGUGCCAAGCAGUGAACCAAAGGACAUGACCACAUUUCGCAGUGUAUAACUGCAUCUAUGUCACCUAAAAACAAAAAACAGAAAAGGUUUCUAGUAUUAUAUUUGAAAGCCACUUAAAAAAAACUGUUACGCCAAAUAUUUCACAUCUGAUUUUCAUACUUGUUGACUGGGUGGAAUAAAUGGAAACUGAAAUUCAUAGCUAUCUUUCUGACCUCUGAAAGCAUUGAAAUGUACCAUUUAGCUGUAAGAAGAAAGAAAAUUCUAGUUACUGUGUACAUUUACUUUUAACUACUGCAAAUGUGGCUAAUGUGGUUUACUUUUCAUUGGACUUCAGGGACAAGAUUUCAGGUAUAGAACUCUUUAGGUUCCUCAUGGAACCUGUGCAAUUUAUCUUAUAUCUUUCACUUAUGUCUAGUAAAAGCAUUUCCCUAAUUGUACUAAUUAAUUAUUAGUUAACUAGCUUUUUAUUGUCUGGAGAAAUUUUGUCAUGCUUUAAUUCUACUCAGGAAUGAGAGUAAUCAAAAUUGUUUUCACAUUUAUAAUCAAUAGCUACCUAUUCGUUGCACAUAUGAAGGCAGAAAAUUAUUACCCUAUGGGUUUAAUGCCACCUGCUUUUCAUAUUUUCCAUGUAUGGUUGACUAGAACCACUUAUUUUUAGAAGCAAAUUUUCUUUUUCUGAACAGUUGAUAUCUAAUUCUCUGUUCAGUCAAGAUCCUGUGAAAUCUACACUGAAUAUUAUUUUGAUUAACGUCAGAAGGAAAAU